UCCUAUGCAGGCUGUGCUACCCAGGUCUUUUUCUUUAUUCUCUUUGUCGCAGCAGAGUUUUAUCUUCUCAUCAUCAUGGCCUAUGACCGCUACGUUGCCAUCUGCAAACCCCUGCACUAUGGGACAAUAAUGGCCAGCAGAACUUGUGUCAACAUGGCAGCAGCUGCCUGGGGCAGUACUUUUCUCUAUGCUGUGCUGCACACUGCCAAUACCUUUUCCCUCCCCCUCUGCCAAGGCAAUGCCCUGGACCAGUUCUUCUGUGAACUUCCCCAGAUCCUCAAGCUCUCCUGCUCAGAUGCCUACCUCAGAGAAGUUGGGCUUGUUGUGAUUAGUGCCUGUUUAUUAUUUGGGUGUUUUGUUUUCCUUGUGCUGUCUUAUGUGCAGAUCUUCAGGGCUGUGCUGAGGAUCCCCUCGAUGCAGGGCCGGCACAAAGCCUUUUCCACAUGCCUCCCUCACCUGGCUGUGGUCUCCCUGUUCAUCAGCACUGUCAUAUUUGCCUACCUGAAGCCCCCCUCCAUCUCUUCUCCAUCCCUCAACCUUUUGCUGGCAGUUGUGUACUCGGUGGUGCCCCCAGCAGUGAACCCCCUCAUCUACAGCAUGCAAAACAGGGAGCUCAAGGCUGCAGUUAGGAGACAGAUUUGGGGGAUGUUUUUCACAGAGUUUUAUGUUCUCACCAUUAUAGCCUACGAUCGCUACGUUGCCAUCUGCAAACCCCUGCACUAUGGGACAAUAAUGGCCAACAGAACUUGCGUCAACAUGGCAGCAGCUGCCUGGGGCAUUCUAUACUCGGUGGUGCCUUCCACACUGAACCCCCUCAUCUACAGCAUGAGGAACCAGGAGCUCAAGGAUGCAGUGUGGAAAGUGAUAACUGGAGGUUUUUCAGAAGCAAUAAAAUGCCUGUCUUUUGCAUAA